ACCCUUCCCUUCCCCGUUCCCCGUGGGAGGCCCGUGAGGGGAUGGAGGGUGGCGGCGGGGCAGCGGCGGCGCCCGACGCGGCGCCGGGACCGGAGCCGGGACCGGAGCCGGUUGCUGGGCUGGCGCUGGGGGCGGCGGCGGGCGCCCCACUUGGCUUCCUGCAUGUCCUGUGGCAGCGGGAGGAGCCCGCGGGCAAGAUCCCGGCCCGCCGCCUGCGCAGGGCCGCUCGCCUCCACCGCCGGUUGGGGCCUACGGGGAAGGAGAGCCACGCUCUGAAAAGGCUGCGUGAAGCUGCCAACAGCAACGACUUGGACACAGUGCAGCAACUUUUGGAGGAUGGAACUGACCCUUGUGCUGCAGACGACAAAGGCCGGACAGCCUUGCACUUUGCCUCCUGCAAUGGCAACGAUCACAUCGUGCGACUGCUUCUGGACCACGGAGCUGACCCGAACCAGAGAGAUGGGCUGGGAAACACCCCCUUACACCUGGCUGCCUGCACGAACCAUGUUCCUGUCAUCACCACGCUGCUGCGCGGAGGGGCCAGAGUUGAUGCCUUGGAUCGAGCUGGCAGAACCCCACUGCACCUCGCUAAAUCAAAGCUAAACAUCCUGCAGGAAGGACUCUCCCACAGCCUGGAGGCCGUACGACUUGAAGUGAAACAGAUUAUCCAGAUGUUGCGGGAAUACCUAGAGCGUCUGGGGAGGCAUGAGCAAAAGGAACAGCUGGAUGACCUCUGCUCCAGGUUACAGAUGACUAGCACAAAGGAGCAGGUGGAUGAGGUUACAGACCUCCUGGCCAGCUUCACGUCACUCAGCUUGCAGAUGCAGAAGAUGGAGAAGAGGUAAUGGGCUUCCAAAUCAUCUUCCUGAUGCAGCAGGAGAAGCCUUAUAGAGAAAAAGAGGAAGCUGAAGCUUGCUUCCCAGAUCGCUGAAUAAACAUUGCUGCCAACGGCCGUUCCUGACAGAUCCACGCUCCAGUGGUGCUCAGACUGUCCCUGUGGGCCUUGCCAGAGCUGCCUUGUUGGGGGGGCAGCAGGCUUUGGAGAACAGACAACAGAGUGCUGCAGCUGAGACUUUUGGAAAAAAAGAGCUGCUCUUUUUAUCAGAUGGGCUGGCGCUGAAUAGGAUACCCCUUCCAGAGAUACUCUGCCUCUCCUAAGCACUUCAGCUCAGUGUAGGUGGUGGCUGAUGCCAUGUGCAGUCACUAGUCCUGACCAGGGCAAUCAGCAGCUGACCAACAUCACAGAAAUGCUUGGAACAGGCACUUUUUGCCACCUCUGCUUUACUCAAUUGCAUGGAGGGGGAAAGUGGAUGUCUUGGACAACAGAAGGCUUUGUGCUGUGAGAAGAACACACACUUAAUUCUGCAUGGUAGCAGCUGAGCAAACAUAUUGCCUUGAGAAAUAUGCACUGAGGCUUAAUCCUAACCUUCCCCAGAGCUUGCAGUCAGGGGACAGAGAAUCUGGCUGGUUACAAAUGGGAUACAAAGCUUUUAAUCACUAGACUAACAGCUUUCACUGGCCCUGGUUUUUAAAUCACUGCUGCAAAUUAGUGCUUAAAUACUGCAGUGAAACACUUGUAAAGAAAUACCCAGGUAGCAGGUCAAAGCUGCCCUGGUGCAAGAGUAAAGUUUGGGGAGCGACUUAAUCUUAGCACAGUUCUAGGCAGACAUCUGUAUCUUACAAAAAAAAAAAAAAAGCACCACACUCCGGUGUUUCCUAUUACUGUCAGUCUUGGGCAAGAGGUCCAGUUGCAAUAGGAGGUGGUGUAUUAUUGGGCUGGGAUGGAGGUGGAUUUAUGGCUGCCUCAGCAGCACCAAAUGCAGAGCUGACCCAUACUGUGUUUCUUGCUUGUCAUGGAGAGGUGCUGCUCCAGGACUUUAAGUGUGGAAUGAGUUCUGACUUCUGCUGUGAGCCUGAAGUGAUACAGCUGUGAAGGAUGCAGGGAAUUGCCCUUGUUAAUCUCCUGCUUCUGCACCAUGGUGAUUAGUAGUGAAGCUACAGAUAGCUUUGUUUUGGAGCAGGGAUCCAUAAAUCUUAUCAGUAGGGUGCGAACAGCAGCAGGGUCACAAGAACACGUCCAGUAACAAUCUGAGUUCCCACCUGUGUGCUACACCUAAAAUGCACGGUGUGCCGCUAGCGAUACCCAUCCCACAGCCUGGGAACUGCUGGUUUGGAAGUAUCCAUUCUUAGGAUUCAGCUUGACCGUGCAACAGCCACAGUUUGGAGCAUUCUUCAGAUACCUUCAGGUCAGCAUGUUCUCUAAUAUCUGGCCUCUUGUCCAGGAAAAGGCUAAGUGGACCUCCAUGUUCAAAGCUGAGAUACCAGAAAUAUGCAUGGCUUUCAGAUGGAUUCACCUGUUGGGUGCUGGAUGCUGUGGCUGGGACCAGCAGCCUUGUGGUUUGGCUGGAGCCGUUACUGUGAAUACUGAUACUUCUUUAUGAUGUGCUGGAUGGGAAGGAUAAUGAGGGGGUUGGAGACAAUAUGACUUUUUUGUAUUUUGAACUUCAAUAAAAUCCUGUCAGCCUUUUCAGACUCCUCA